CAACAGUUAAUUAUGCACUAAAUGAUAGUUUUGUUCACAGGGCUGUUUUUACCCUUGCCAUGCCUCCCUCAGUACCACUUUGUGAACAUGGGCAAGAACUGGAAUGAAGCACAGAGAUACUGCAGAGAUAAGUACACUGACCUGGCCACCAUAGACAACAUGGAGGAUAUGAACAGAUUGCUGAACUUAGAACAUUUUGGUGAUUACAAUAAUACUGUCUGGAUAGGGCUGUAUGAUGAUGUUAACAGCUGGAGGUGGUCUCUGGAAGACAGUGACUACUACAGUGAGGGAGGGGCUCAGUUUAGAAACUGGCAGAUCAGACAACCUGACAAUGUGAACAGUAAUGAACACUGCGUGGUCAUGACAGAGGGUGGGGAGUGGCAGGAUGAGGAUUGCAACAAGAAUUCUCCCUUCAUCUGCUACACCUCCAUCGGUAAGAAAGGUGUUUUUCAUUGCUGUAUUUGUGAGACAACAAACAGGUCAACAUUUAUUUUCGUUAAUGAACCAAUAAAAACCUUCAGUGAAGCUCAGAGUUACUGCAGAGUGUACCACACAGACCUGGCCAGUGUGAGGAACCAGACUGAGAACCAGGAGAUACAGAAGAUGGUGUCUGAGGGUAGCAAAGUGUGGAUCGGCCUGUUCAGAGACUCCUGGAAGUGGUCGGAUGGGAGUGACUCCUCCUUCAGGUACUGGAAGCCUGCACAACCCAAUAACAUUGGAGGGGUUCAGUCCUGUGGUGCUGCAGUGUACAUAGAAAGACAAUCGUGGACGGACAGAUGGUUUGAUUGGAACUGUAACGACAGACAUCCCUUUGUUUGCUACAGUGGUGAGUUACUUUAA